UUUCCUUCAUAAAACACAAACCUUUGAUCACAAACCUCAGCUUCACAGCACACCCUUUGUGUUGUGUUGAAUUCUAUCCCAUUGUCCCAUUCACAAAGUCACCACCAAGACAUGGAAGCCAGCGCUGGACUGGUAGCAGGUUCGCAUAACCGCAAUGAGCUCGUUGUCAUUCAUGGCCAUGAAGAGCACAAGCCUUUGAAGAACUUGGAUGGUCAAGUAUGUGAGAUUUGUGGUGAUGGCGUUGGACUCACGGUGGAUGGAGACUUAUUUGUGGCUUGCAAUGAGUGUGGUUUUCCAGUGUGCAGACCUUGCUAUGAGUACGAAAGAAGAGAAGGGGGCCAGCUUUGUCCACAGUGCAAAACCAGAUAUAAGCGUCUCAAAGGGAGCCCGCGGGUGCAGGGAGAUGAUGAGGAGGAGGAUGUGGAUGACAUUGAGCAUGAGUUCAAUAUUGAUGAUGAAAAGAACAAGCAUGGCCAUGCUGCAGAGGCCAUGCUUCAUGGGAAAAUGAGCUAUGGAAGAGGUCCUGAAGAUGAUGAGAAUUCCCAGUUCCCAAUACCUGUCAUUUCUGGGGGCCGAUCUAGGCCUGUUAGUGGCGAGUUCCCAAUAUCAUCCAAUGGUUAUGGGGAGCAGAUGUUGUCUUCUUCAUUGCAUAAACGAGUGCAUCCAUAUCCAAUGUCUGAACCUGGGAGUGCCAGAUGGGAUGAAAAGAAAGAGGAUGGAUGGAAAGAAAGGAUGGAUGACUGGAAAUUGCAGCAAGGCAAUUUGGGGCCUGAACCUGAAGAAGAUGCAGAUGCAGACAUGUCAGAUGAAGCAAGGCAACCACUUUCAAGGAAAGUACCAAUAGCAUCUAGCAAAAUCAAUCCAUACAGAAUGGUUAUUGUGGCACGCCUUGUCAUUCUUGCUUUCUUCCUCAGAUACAGACUUAUGAAUCCUGUGCAUGAUGCACUGGGGCUGUGGCUAACCUCUAUCAUAUGUGAAAUAUGGUUUGCUUUUUCAUGGAUUCUGGAUCAGUUUCCCAAGUGGUUUCCCAUUGAUCGAGAGACCUACCUUGACCGUCUUUCCAUCAGGUAUGAGCGUGAAGGUGAACCAAACAUGCUUUCUCCUGUAGAUGUCUUUGUUAGUACCGUGGAUCCAAUGAAGGAACCUCCUCUGGUUACCGCAAACACUGUUCUUUCAAUCUUGGCCAUGGAUUACCCAGUUGAUAAGAUAUCAUGCUAUAUUUCGGAUGAUGGAGCCUCAAUGUGUUCAUUUGAGUCCCUGUCAGAAACUGCAGAGUUUGCAAGGAAGUGGGUACCGUUUUGUAAGAAAUUUGCUAUAGAACCUCGCGCCCCUGAGAUGUACUUCAGUGAGAAGAUAGACUACUUAAAGGACAAAGUGCAACCCACCUUUGUCAAGGAGCGUCGAGCCAUGAAGAGGGAAUACGAAGAGUUUAAGGUUAGGAUCAAUGCACUUGUUGCAAAGGCCCAGAAAGUUCCUCAGGGAGGAUGGAUUAUGCAGGAUGGGACACCAUGGCCAGGAAACAACACUAAGGAUCAUCCUGGCAUGAUUCAAGUGUUUCUUGGAAGCAAUGGGGGUCUAGAUACUGAAGGAAACCAGCUUCCUCGUCUUGUUUAUGUUUCUAGAGAGAAAAGACCUGGUUUUCAACACCACAAGAAAGCUGGUGCCAUGAAUGCUCUGGUUCGGGUAUCUGCUGUUCUCACAAAUGCUCCUUUCAUGCUGAACUUGGAUUGUGAUCACUAUGUCAAUAACAGCAAGGCUGCCAGAGAGGCCAUGUGCUUCUUGAUGGACCCCCAGAUUGGGAAGAAGGUCUGCUAUGUCCAGUUUCCUCAAAGAUUUGACGGUAUUGAUACACAUGAUCGUUAUGCCAACAGAAACACGGUUUUCUUUGAUAUUAACAUGAAGGGUCUUGAUGGUAUUCAAGGACCUGUAUAUGUGGGGACUGGGUGUGUUUUCAGGAGGCAAGCUUUGUAUGGCUAUGAUCCUCCAAAGGGCCCCAAGCGUCCAAAAAUGGUAAGCUGUGAUUGCUGCCCUUGUUUUGGAAGCCGCAAGAAGUACAAGGAGAAGAGUGAUGCAAAUGGAGAGGCUGCUGCAAGCCUAAAAGGGAUGGAUGAUGACAAAGAGAUACUGAUGUCCCAAAUGAAUUUUGAGAAGAAAUUUGGACAGUCCUCUAUCUUUGUGACUUCUACCUUGAUGGAAGAGGGUGGUGUGCCUCCUUCUUCGAGUCCAGCUGCCCUGCUUAAAGAAGCCAUUCAUGUGAUCAGCUGUGGAUAUGAAGAUAAAACUGAAUGGGGACUUGAGCUUGGUUGGAUCUAUGGAUCUAUCACAGAAGAUAUUUUAACAGGCUUUAAGAUGCAUUGCCGUGGGUGGAGGUCUAUUUACUGUAUGCCUAAGAGAGCUGCAUUCAAGGGCACUGCUCCAAUCAACUUGUCAGAUCGUCUCAAUCAGGUGCUUCGUUGGGCACUUGGUUCCAUUGAGAUUUUCUUCAGUCACCAUUGCCCUCUAUGGUAUGGCUUCAAGGAAAAGAAACUAAAGUGGCUUGAGAGAUUUGCCUAUGCAAACACAACUGUGUAUCCAUUCACCUCCAUUCCUCUUGUUGCCUAUUGUAUUCUCCCUGCAGUUUGCUUACUCACUGACAAAUUCAUCAUGCCACCGAUAAGCACCUUUGCUGGUUUGUACUUUGUUGCUCUCUUCUCUUCAAUCAUUGCAACUGGUAUCCUAGAGUUGAAAUGGAGUGGAGUGAGCAUUGAGGAGUGGUGGAGAAAUGAGCAGUUUUGGGUUAUUGGUGGAGUAUCAGCUCACCUUUUUGCUGUGAUACAAGGUCUGCUAAAGGUUCUGGCAGGAAUUGACACCAACUUCACAGUCACAUCCAAGGCAGCAGACGAUGAGGACUUUGGAGAACUAUACACCUUUAAGUGGACUACUCUCCUAAUUCCUCCAACCACUAUCUUGAUCAUUAACAUUGUUGGUGUUGUUGCUGGAGUCUCAGAUGCCAUAAACAAUGGCUACCAAUCCUGGGGACCACUUUUUGGAAAACUCUUCUUUUCUUUCUGGGUGAUUGUUCAUCUGUAUCCAUUCCUUAAAGGUUUGAUGGGUCGGCAAAACCGCACACCCACCAUUGUGGUCAUUUGGUCAGUUCUAUUGGCUUCUAUUUUCUCUUUGCUGUGGGUAAGAAUUGAUCCGUUUGUCCUCAAGACUAAGGGACCUGAUACCAAGUUAUGUGGAAUCAACUGCUGAAAGACUAGUAUUCUUUGCUAGACAUCUUUGAAUGAUGUCUGUAGGGUAAUUCAUGAUUUAAAAAACCAGCAAAGUGACACUGCACAAGUAUGAAUAAGGAGCGAGUGAAAAAUUUUGUGUAGCAUAAACAUUGUUAUCAGUUUUGUAAAUGUUCUCAAAAGCAUAUUGAUUACCAUAUGGUUUGGCUGAAACUGC